UUAUCUUCUCUCACCUGUUUAUCAUUACAUAUUAAAAAGCCUACCCAUUUCUUUACACAGAUAGAGAUCAAGAGAGUGAGGGCGAGCUAUGAAGCACACAUUGCAGCAGUCCUCUCCCACAUGGCCUGAAAAGUUAUCUUGUGAUCGGAAAAAGGCCAUUCAAGAGUUAAUUCAAGGCCGUGAAUUAGCAAAUCAGCUCAGACUCAUUCUCCGCAACCCCUUCUCUCACCACGAUGAAUCGGCCGCUGCCGGAGAUCUCCUCGUCAAAAUCUUAGGAUCCUUCACGGACACUAUUUCCAUAUUGAAUCGUACCCAUGAGGUUUCUGCUCAAAUUCAGGCGAAUUCGCCUCCUUCGGAUGCUCGCAAGUUCGAAGAUUCCGACGACAGCAGCAAGACUUCGGGGUUGAAAGACCGCCGAGGCUGUUACAAGAGAAGAAAGACAUCGCAGACAUGGACAAAAACUACCCCUGCUUUAAUUGACGAUGGCCAUGCAUGGAGAAAGUAUGGACAAAAAGUUAUCCUCAAUGCCAAGCACCCACGGAACUACUUCAGGUGCACACACAAGUUUGAUCAGGGAUGUCAAGCCACCAAACAGGUCCAAAAAACCGAAGACGAUCCGGAGAUGUAUCGGACCACAUACCACGGCCACCAUACUUGCAGAAAUCUUCUCAAAUCUCCUCCUCACUUCAUCUUCGAUUCUACUCCUAAUAAUGACUCUUCUUCACUUUUCCUCAGCUUUGGUUCAAACAACAAAUCGCAUGAACCAUUUUCCCCAAACAAUAAUUUUCCCAUGAUGAAGCAGGAGUGCAAGGAAGAUGAUCACAAGCCAACUACUUUAUUUGGCCAGUACAACCAAUCAUCGUCGUCCGAUUAUCUUCUGUCACCUGAUCUCACAACAUUCGAGUCAUCCGGGCCCAUGACGGUGUCUGAUCAUGAUCGUGAUCAUGGGGAUGUCAUCUCAUGUACGGCUAGCCCUAAUAGUCAUGGCGGCUUGGACACGGAUGAUUUCAUUGUAGGAGCUGUUGAUUUUGAUGAUGCAUGUCUUCGCAUUUUGAAUUUUGAUUAGUGCCACUACUAUAGUAUUAAUUAGCAUUUUUUUUUUUCUGGUUGUGUGCUAGGUUUGAUGUAAAAAAUUAAAAAAAGAAGUUAGUUCUAUUUUAGUUUCUUAAUUAAGACUUUCAA